CCACGCCCCCGUGACCUGUGCCCUACGGAAGCCUGCGAGGGAAGGGCAGUGACCGCUGCUCCGUUCCAGCUGUCCAGAUGCCCAGCGCCAACGCCAGCCGCAAGAGCCAGGAGAAGCCGCGGGAGAUCAUGGAGGCGGCAGAAGAUUAUGCUAAAGAAAGAUAUGGAGUACCUUCAAUGAUUCAAUCUCAGGAAAAACCAGAUCGAGUUUUGGUUCGGAUUAAAGACUUGACAAUAGGAAAAGCUGAUGAAGUUGUUUGGGUACGUGCAAGAGUUCAUACAAGCAGAGCGAAAGGGAAGCAGUGUUUCUUGGUCCUACGUCAGCAGCAAUUUAAUGUCCAGGCUCUCGUGGCGGUGGGAGACCAUGCAAGUAAGCAGAUGGUUAAAUUUGCUGCCAACAUCAACAAAGAGAGCAUCGUAGAUGUAGAAGGUGUUGUAAGAAAAGUGAAUCAGAAAAUUGGAAGCUGUACGCAGCAAGAUGUAGAGUUACAUGUUCAAAAGAUGUAUGUGAUCAGUUUGGCUGAACCCCGCUUGCCACUGCAAUUGGAUGAUGCUGUAAGACCCGAAGGGGAAGGAGAUGAGGAAGGAAGAGCUACUGUUAACCAGGAUACAAGAUUAGAUAACAGAGUCAUUGAUCUUAGGACAUCAACUAGUCAAGCAGUCUUCCGUCUCCAGUCUGGAAUCUGCCAUCUUUUCCGGGAAACUUUAAUUAACAAGGGUUUUGUGGAGAUCCAAACUCCUAAAAUAAUCUCAGCUGCCAGCGAAGGAGGCGCCAAUGUAUUCACCGUGUCAUAUUUUAAAAAUAACGCUUAUCUGGCUCAGUCCCCACAACUGUACAAGCAAAUGUGUAUUUGUGCUGAUUUUGAGAAAGUUUUCUGCAUUGGACCAGUAUUUAGAGCUGAAGAUUCAAAUACCCAUAGACAUUUGACUGAAUUUGUUGGCUUGGACAUUGAAAUGGCUUUUAAUUACCAUUACCAUGAAGUUAUUGAAGAAAUUACAGAUACCUUAGUACAGAUAUUCAAAGGACUUCAAGAAAGGUUUUCAACGAAAUCCAAACAGUGUAUAAACAGUUUCCCGUGUGAGCCAUUCAAAUUUUUGGAACCAACUUUAAGACUCGAGUAUUGUGAAGCAUUGGCUAUGCUUAGAGAAGCUGGAAUUGAAAUAGGAGAUGAAGAAGAUCUCAGUACACCAAAUGAGAAGCUGUUGGGUCGUUUGGUAAAGGAAAAGUAUGAUACAGAUUUCUAUGUUCUUGAUAAAUAUCCAUUGGCUGUAAGACCUUUCUAUACUAUGCCUGACCCAAAAAAUCCUAAACAAUCCAACUCUUAUGAUAUGUUCAUGAGAGGAGAAGAAAUACUCUCGGAGCUCAAGGAUACAAUGAGCCCCAGCUGCUCAACAGAGGAGAGCCUUACAUCAUGGAUUGAUUUGGAGAAAAUUAAAGCAUAUAUUGAUUCCUUCCGCUUUGGAGCACCUCCUCAUGGUGGUGGAGGCAUUGGAUUGGAACGAGUAACCAUGCUGUUUUUGGGAUUGCACAACAUUCGUCAAACUUCAAUGUUUCCCCGUGAUCCCAAACGACUCACACCUUAAAGCCUUGCGUUUUAUACUUUCUACUAACUUGCUAUUGAUCAGGCUAUACUUUAGGAAUUUUAAAUAUGCAAAGGCAUAAAUGUCUUAUCUGAAGUGCCAUAAUUACUUAUGGAUUUAUGCAGUAUAGGAUACUUUGAAAGAAAAGAAUUUGUGCUGAAGCAACUGUAAUAAGGUAAUAAGGCUUUGCCUUGCACACAUCUGACCUUACAGUCCCCUGGGCACAGCUAGAAUAACUCCUGAGUGCAGAGAGGAGUAACCCUGAUCAUUCAUGGGUUUGGCCCAAAACCCAAAUAAAGAAGCUUUUUAUAACUUUAGACAAGUUCAGUAGGAAGUUGAACAUUUUAAUGAAAAAUUCAUAUGGCUACAUAAACAUCUAUAUUAUGUUACAAUAAUAAAUGUUAAUAAUUUUGAACAGUAAGAUGCACUAGAUUUUUCUUUUCUAUAUUAUAGUGACUAUAAUAUUGUUAUACAAUUUCAGUACUUGAGCUUAUUUUUUAAAAUUCUGAUGUUGCUGUAAGAAUAGUUUUAAAGGGGACUGAUGUGAUAGUACAGUGGUAGGGCACUUGCCUUGCACAUGGUGCUUACUUGGAUACAAUCCCUGGCAUCACAAUUGGUCCCCAAAGCUGCAUCAGGAGUAAUUCUUGAGUGCAGAACCAGGAGUAGCCUCUGAGCACACCAGAGGUGACCCAAAAACAAAAAACAGCAACAAAGAAUAGUUUUAAGGAAAUAUCUGAGAUGGUUAAUGUUUAAGUGGUAUAUUAUUGGCAGGUUAGGCAGAAAGUAAUAGUUCUUAAAAUUUAUGCCCAGGGAAUCAUGUAAAGCAAGUUAAAAUAAUGCUAGAAAAUAUUUGAUAUAAUAUUGUAUUGUUGAAUUUUAAAUAAAUUUCAAAUAAAACUUUAAAUCUAA